AUGGCACUGGAUGUCACCACCACAGAACACAUCCCCACCGUGCCGUUUCCAGACCUGGGAAAGGCCGAGCUGGUGGCCACUGCUGCUGGAGCCACCCCGGGCACUGCCGCCCUGCACACCGAGGCCACCCCAAUGCAGCUGGACACGGGGCAGGUCCCCAGCACGGCCCCUGCUGUGUCACUGCCGGGUGGUGACCUCUCCCCUGGGACCUCCUCUGCAGGCCCCAGGGCCACCACGGCACAGGCGGACGGGGACAGAUCCCCUCCAGCCAGCCCCAGCGUGGGCACGUCCCUGUCCCUCGUGGAUGGAGAAAAGCCAACGUCUUCCCUCCAGGAGUAUGGCACCGGGACCCAGCCGGCUGCCCUCGUUAGCAAAACUCCAAUUAAUGAAGGAGAGCUGGGGACAGCACCGCCAGCCAGCAGUGAUCCUACCACAAUGGCAUGGGAGGGCAGCACCAGUGCCACCCCACGUGCUUCGGCGGUGCCCGGGACACUCAGCACCCCUGGGGUACCGUGGGCAGGCAUCCCGUGGGACAGCAGUGCCACCGCAGGGAUGGCAGAGGGGGUGUCCCCAUCCAGCAGCCCCCCGGAGGUGGCAUCAGACACGUCCCCGCUGUCCCCAGCCACCCUGCUGCCUGCACUGGGUGUCCCUACUGCCCGCCCCAAUGGUAGCACCGCCAGGCGAGCAGUGGGGACAGCGUCCCCGGGUGUGGGCACCGACCCAGCGGGGACAGCUCCCAGCCAUGUCAUCGUCACCACCGGGCCAUCACCAGAUCCAUCCACCCCGGGAACCAACGUCCCCAAAACCAAGCCACCGACGAGCUCUCCCCUCCUGGCCCCCUGGGGCAGUCGCUCAGCCCUGUCGGCCACAGGUGACCCCAGCCCAUCUCCGGACACAGCCGUGCCCCUCGGCACCACCGCGGGCAGCCAGGAUCCCCCGCCUGUAACCGCUCAGCCUGCCCAAACCACAGCCACCGAGGGAGCCGGGGACAGGUCCCGGCCGGCAGGAGACGGCAGCACCACGCAGGCAGCGCCAGGCUCGGCCCCGCAUGAAAGCCCUGCUGUGGAUGCCCCGACAGCUACACCCAGCAGCGGGAGCACCUCCGUGGGGACAGCCCCACCGGUGUCACCCUCCUCCAGAGCCAGCAGCACUGCUCAGCCCGGCACGGCCACGCAGGAGCACAGCUACAGCACUGCUCAGCCGGCAGUGGGCAGGGGUACGGGCACGGACACAUCCCUGGGCACCUCGGGGGACGUGGGGCUGCCUCCCACUCUGCCCACCCCUGUGGCUGGGGGUGCUGAGCCAGGCACCGUCAGGAACACCCCGGUGUCACCUUAUGCACCGGGCAGCCAAAACCCUGUGGCAGGGACAGGCACGGUGUCACCCGCAGCUCCAGAGCUGGUCACAGCACCGUCCCCUGCCCUCGGUCACAGCACAGCGGAGCCAGACGUGAGUAUGUCCCCUCCUGUGCUUGGGGACACCAGUCUGGCGGUGGUGGCAUCCUCUGUGACACCCAGCACCAGUGCCACCGGUCCGGCAGCAGGAACAAGCGAUGCCAAUCCCAGCAUGGUCACAGCACCUUCCUUCAGUGCCUCCAGCAGCACCUCUGCCCUGAACGGCCCCCGUGUCACCCCUGGGCCACCCACCGGGGCCACCAGCAGCACCCACAGGCCAGCUGCUGAGGACAAGCCCUCUGUUGGGGUGCCCUCGCUGAGCGCUGCCAGCACACGCACGUGGGAAGCCACAGCCACGUCCCGGACAGUCCCCAUCCCCUCCAGCGACACCGAAAUGCCAGCUGGCUCCCCCAGCAGAGACACCCCUGUGGUGACCGAGCACACCACAUCUGCCAUGGCAAAGGCCACCAGCAGCACCCGGUCCCCCUCGGUCACCCACGAUGUCCCCGUCACCCCGGGCAGGGUGACGAGCCACGAUGCCAGCCCUGCGUUUGCUGCCGUGCCCAGCCUGGCCGCGGGGACCCCGCCAGCAGCCACCAGCCCCGCCGGGACAGCUCCUGCUUUGGGGACACAGAGGGGACCGGCCACCGCAGCGAGGACGCCUGCUCACACCACUUCCAGCCACAGACACCCCGUGACAGAGCCCCAGCCCAGCCACGGGCUCGGCCCCGCGGUGUCCCUGUACCCGUUCGGCGCAGAGGGAGGUGACAGGGAGUGGGUCCGGAGGACGGUGGAUUUUAAUUCCCCCUUGUUCAAGCCGGAGAUCGGGUUCCCCUUCGGGAAGGCGCUGCGUGACUCCCUCUACUUUACAGACAACGGGCAAAUCAUUUUCCCUCCCACGGACAACGCCGUCCCCUCCAACCCCAACCCGCCUGCCCGGGGCUUCAGCGGCCGCGAGGCGCUGCCGAUGGUGGCCGUGUUUUGGGAGGACGCCGACUUCUCGCGCGGCGUCGGCACCACCUGGUACCAGGAGUACCUCACCCUCGGCUCUACCCGAGACCCCCUCGUCCGUGACGUGGAAGAGAAGGUUGAGAAAUACCUGAAAACCCCCUACACGGCGAGAUGGACCCUGAAGGUGACGUGGGAGAAGGCCCCGGCGUACCCGUCCCAGCAGGACGAUGCUCAGACCAGCACGUACCAGGCCGUGCUCUCCACCGACGGGAACCAGUCCUUCGCCCUGCUGCUGUACCAGGACGGCGGCAUGCGGUGGGACUACGCCGGGCUGGCAGCCGGGAACGUGCUCAUCGGCUUCUCCAGCGGCGAUGGGUAUGCCCAAAACAACGAGCUGACUCAGCAGCCACCGGCUGUUAAAUACCGACCCAACCAGCACCGCAGCUCUGGCACCGAUGUGCGGGGGCUGUGGCUGUACCGGCUGGACAGCCGCGGCCGGGUGAACUACCGCCUGCGCUGCCUGGCGUGGCUGGAGGCACAGCCUGCCCCAACCACCUGGAGCACGGAGCUGCCACCCUGCCCCUGCUCGCGGCCCCAGGCAGAGCUGGACCCCCGCUACCGCCGCAGCAGAGGUGCUGAGCGUGGGGCUGAGCCCCCUCCCGCAGCCGGGGUGGCUGCCACCCUCCGGGAUGGCUCAGACCCCGUGAGGGUGCUGCGCACCGCGUCCCCCAGCCGGGCAGGAGCUGGGGUGCGGUGUGUGUACCGAGGCACAAGCUUGCUGGAGGGCUGGCAGGAGAGGGCCUGGAGCCCACCCAUCCGCACCACGGCCGACGAGGAGCUGGAGGCGUUUGAGUGGUGCUGCUGGCGCGUGGAGAAGCCCCGGUUCUGCACCAGGUUUGCCGAGAAGAGACCGAGGACCGGCUGCAAGGGAUACCUGCCACCCACCCCUGCCAGUGCCUUCGGGGACCCCCACAUCACCACCCUGGAUGGCCUCACCUACACAUUCAAUGGCCUUGGGGACUUUGUCCUGCUGCUGGCCGGCGAUGCCCACAGCAGCUUCGUGCUGCAAGGGCGCACGGCCCGGACCGGCACAGCCCAGGCCACCAACUUCGUGGCCUUCGCUGCCCAGUACGUCUCCAACACCACCACCACAGUUGAGUGGACUUUGGGAAGCCAGGGUGACAUCCAAGUCCUCCUGAACUACCAAACCAUCCAGUUUUCCUACUCCCAAGACAUGGGUGCCGAGGUGCACUACAGCCCUGGGGUGCUGCUGGUCAACGCCUCCUCCGUCACGGCCACCUUUGACGGCACCGUCUCCAUCUCCACCUCAGCCAGCGCCGGGCUCCUCAGCGUGGUGUGCAGCCUGCCGGAUCGGUACCGCAACGGCACCAAGGGCCUCCUGGGUGUGUGGGACGACAACCCUGCAGAUGACUUCCAGAUGCCAAACGGGAGCAGCAUCCCUGUGAACAGCAGCGAGGAGGAGAUCUUCAGCUACGGGAUGACCUGGGCUGUUGGAGAGCACAGCCUGUUCGCCCAGCCCCUGGCCGCACCGGAGAAGAACUUCACCCCCACCUUCUUGUCUCGGCUGCGGCAGGAGAAUGAAAGCCAGUACCAGCGGGCAGCCUCGCAGUGCCGCGGCAGCAAGGAGUGCGUCUACGACAUGCUGAGCACGGGGGACAUGACCCUGGGCCUGGCCACCCAGAGCCUCGUGGAGGACUUCCAGGAGAAGAAGACGGCGCUCAACACCUUCCCUCCUGUCAUCGUUGGGGACCUGUCGCUCACAGCCUUCAGGACGCAGCGGGUGACGAGGCAGUACCGAGCCGAGGGGCCGGGUGCGCUCUUUGUCCCCCACAUCUCCCCGGAGCUCAACAUUUCGGAGAACGGCACCCUGACGUGGGAGCCCCGCGGGACGGCCCCGCUCAGCGUCACCCUGCAGGCCGUGGGCCCCCAGCACCUCGCCGCCCUGCUCCAGCUCAGCUUCACCCUCUGCAGCUGCCGCACGAGCCACGAGUGUGACUACAACAACACGGCCACCGUCAGCGGCUCCUCCCUGCAGCUGGCAGCCUGCAGGUGUGAUGACGGCUACUCGGGUCCCUUCUGCCAGCACCCGCCGGACCCCUGCGCCCAGGGGUGCUUCCCCGGGGUGGGCUGCGACCCGCUCGCCGGCUGCGACCCCUGCCCACGUGGCCUGACGGGGGACGGGAGGCACUGCUCGGAUAUCGAUGAGUGCGCACAGGGGACGGCGUGUCCGGGGAACGGCACCUGCACCAACACCGUGGGCAGCUACACCUGCUCCUGCCCAGCUGGUGUGGAGGGCGAGGGGCCUGGCUGUGGCACAGCCUGCGGGUCCCAGUCCUGCCCCGAGGGCUUCUGCAGCAACGGGGGGCGCUGCCACCUGCACCCCUCCUCCUGUGCGCCCGCCUGCGUGUGUCCCCCGGCCUUCACCGACCAGCGCUGCCUGGUGGCAGGGGGGGACUUUCGGCCCCCGGCCAGCCCAGAUCUGCCCCGGAGGAGCGUGCGGCUGCGGGUCAGGGCGCUGCAAAAUGCCACAGCCGGGGAAGUCAACGCCACCGUCUCAGCCAUCCUGGGCUCCCUGGAGGUGAAGGCUUUCCAGAGUAACACCAACAUCUCCCGCAUGGCCGCUGCUGGCUUCGCCUUCGCCGUGGUGGCCGAGUUCGCCUACGGCAGCAGCGGCUCCGUGAUCCGCUUCCUGAACGAGGAGCUGGUGGGGGCCAUCACCAGAGCCUUCAACGAGCGGCGGGGAUGGCGGGACGCGGGCACACACCUCCUCUUCGAGCACCUGCACCUGGACAACAUCACCGACCUGGUGAAGCUGUCGGUGGCGGAGCUGAGGCACUACUUCUCCUGCACUCUGUACGGCUACGAAGGCUACCAGCUGGACUACCUGGGGACCACCGGCUUCCUCUGCAUCUCCCCUUGCAAGAAGGGCUACUGCCAGCACGGCGGCCGGUGCCAGCACCUGCCCGAGGGCCCCACGUGCAGCUGCACCCCCUUCUCCAUCUUCUCCCCGGCCGGUGCCCGGUGCGAGCAGCUCGCCGUCAGCCUCGCCGCCUUCCUCGGCAUCCUGCUGGGGGCCCUGGCUCUGCUCUGCCUCCUGCUCGCCGCCGCCUGCCUCGCCUUGCGCCUCUGCCGCCGGCACCGGGACCCCUGGGGGACCAAGGACACCUUCUGGAGGCCUCGGCAGUUCUCCUCCCUGAUGAAGGCAGCAGAGAGAGCAGUGAACACCCACGGCUCGGGAAGGCACUGGGAGCCGCGGCUCCAGGCCAUCGACCCAUCCGUCCAGAUAAGGAUCAAGAGACCCCAGGUCAGGGCUCCAAGCCAGCCUGCCCUGCAGCCGUAGCCUCCCCGCAGCCUCCCCAGCAGCGAGACGUGGCCGCUCCUGGGGGUCCCGGCAUCCGUGCCCACCCGGGGCAGGGUCAGCACCGGAUGGGGGCUCCGGGCACGUUCCUGCUGGGCAUGGAGCAUCACAUUUGGGGGCUGUGGGAGCUGCCUGUGCUAUGGGGGGGAUGCUCAGGUCAGUGAAACAAGGGCCUCGCCUUCUGCUGAGGACCUGCAGAAGCGACUGGGGUCAUCCAUGGGUGAGUCUGUCUGGUGUGACCCUGCACAGCGCGGCUGGACCCAGGGAUCAUGACCCACUAUGAACAGAAUAAAUGUGAAAUGUCAGCACGCUGCUGCGUAGUGUGUGCAGCCCACCUCACAGCUCCCCCCAGAUCACCUCUCAGAGCUCAGAUGGCACCGGUCAGGCCCUGGUCCCUGCUCCAAGCC